UUGAUAGUUAAACUACCUUUCUUUCCAUGUUUAAUGCUUUAUUGUUAUGGAUUUAAAGUGAAAGAAUGUUUCUGCAUGUUUCCCAUUCAGUUGCAAUGCCGUGGCACCUGACGCAACAUUCCCAAAGAGUCCUCAGGUGAUAACAAGGCAAAGGGCAAAGAUGAUCCGAGACAAUACUUUGACCGCAAGUCCCCCUGCACUAACGCAGAGUUAUACACCACGACAAUCUAUCAUCAGCAAGCCCACUGAUGAAAUAGUUUCCAAUCUGAAACGGAAGAUAUAUGGUUCCGCAGUUGAAAAAGUAGACGUGGAAGUCAUUGAACAUGUUUUACAAAUGAAAAAGAGUUUGAAAAAGAGCCCGUUUUCCUCGUUGUCAAUAUCCGGACAGAGCUGUCUUGAAUUAGGUGAGAUGGAGCCUUUCAGUGAUGGUAGUAAUGUUGACGGGAUGAAAACAUCUAUGGGUAUACCAAAGUGGAUUCCGUUAUGCUUCACACCACCAGAUGACAUGGUGUUUGAUGAGGUCAAUGCUUUUCUUGUUGCAUACUUGUUUGGCCUAAACAAAUGUGCUGAAGAAGAUGAGGAGGAGAUCAUUGUUUGUUUAAGCAACA